CGCGAGAGGACGGCCUGAUCGUCGCUUCGCGCCGCCAUGAAGCUCGAUUUCAGCGUCCUGGACGCGCCGACGCGGAAGAUCGACGCGGAGAUCGCGGAGUGCGCCGCGGAGAUCAACUCCGACGUCCACGCGCAGAACUUCAAGCUCCCGAUGGUCGAGAACUACGACUCGUUCCAGCGCGAGGUCGUGGACUACGUCAAGCCCAACCACGGCACGACGACGCUCGGGUUCAUCUUCGAGCACGGCGUCGUCAUCGCGGUGGACUCGCGCGCGUCGCAGGGGCCGUACAUCUCGUCGCAGACGGUAAAGAAGGUGAUCGAGAUCAACCCGUACCUCCUCGGAACGAUGGCCGGCGGCGCCGCGGACUGCCAGUUCUGGCAGCGGAACCUCGGGAUCCAGUGCCGCCUCCACGAGCUCGAGAACGGCAAGCGCAUCAGCGUCUCCGGCGCGUCGAAGCUGCUGUCGAACACGCUUUACGGCUACCGCGGGCAAGGGCUGUCCAUGGGGACGAUGGUCGCCGGGUGGGAUCUCAACGGCCCGGGUCUGUACUACGUCGACAGCGACGGCACGCGGUUGAAAGGGAAGCGGUUCAGCGUCGGGUCCGGGUCGCUGUUCGCGUACGGCGUGUUGGACCAAGGGUACAGGUGGGAUCUGAGCGUCGAGGACGCGUGCGAGUUGGGGCGAAGGGCGAUCUACCACGCGACGUUUCGAGACGCGUUUUCCGGCGGCACGGUGAGCGUGUAUCACGUGGGGCCGGACGGGUGGACGAAGAUGUCCGGCACGGACGUCGGGGAGCUGCACUACGAGUACUACCCCGCGGAUCCGAUCGCGACGGAGGCGGAGGCGGAGGGAGGGGGGGAGGAGCCGGAGAGCAUGGAGACGUCCGAGCAGAAGUGAGGGUCGCGAGUGGAACGGCGGACGACGGCGGGGCUGUAACGAAACUCCUUAUUUCUCGG